AUGACUUCCCCGGAACCGAGCCUUCGCAUAAAUGAGUCCUCGUCCUUCAUUAUUGGAGGCGAAAAGAAAGGCAGUGCCCCGAGAAACCCGAUCCUCCCUACUGAAGACGAAAAAGGCCGAGAAGAGAACAUGAUACUCGAGAGGAUGGAAAGUGAAAAGAGCUGGCACAAAAGGCCAUGA